AUGAGUAGGGCUAGUAAGAUAACUUUUACAGUUUCCUGCCUGAUAACGGCAGUGACAGUAGUAGGCGUGCAUUAUGUCCAGGAAAUGGAGAGGGAAACUCUGCAUCAGGGUCCGAUAAAAGAUGCUAAACGAGUCGAAGAGAAAAGAUUGAGGAACACAAAUGGACCUGCAUCACUGGAUCCUGCAAAAGAAAGGAAAAGGUACUUCAAUAUGAGUGAACACGAGGAACAGAAAGAGUUGCGAAAGAAAUAUGAGACUAUGCAACCGCUUAGUGGAGAAGUUGUAACCAAGGAUGGUGAGGUGGUCAAAGAAUCUAAGAGAUAA